AGGGCGCUGGAUCCCGUGGCGCCUGUCCAGUGGCCGCGCGGCGAGGUGCCGGAGGCCGCCCUGCGCGUGGUGGAACGCCUGGGCGACGCGCUGGACGAGGCGGAAGGCCGCGCGGAAGGCGGCGCGCUGACCGACGGCUUCGUGCGCCGCCACUCGGACGAGCUCGCGGGGGCGCUUGGCGCGGGCGACCUGGACGCGGUGCGGGCCCUGUCGUUCCGGGGCUGGCCCAGCCAGGACCUGCGGGCGCGCAUCUGGCGCGCCCUGCUCCUCGCCCCCGGGCGGCCCGACGACGAGGUCGUCGAACCUUCCGAGAUUGUGCUCGACGAGUCCCUCAGGGCCCAGGUCGAGUCGGAUGCCUACGCCAUCUGGAAGGACGACCCCUUCCUCGGCGAGCCCGGUGUGCUGGAGGCCGUCGUUGAGGUGGCCUCCGGCUGCGCCGCGCGCUGCGGCCGCCACGCCCGCGGCGCCUGCGAGAUGGCUGGGCUCCUGCUCUUCGCCCUGUCGCCCAAGCCCAGCGAGGGAGACUUCGCCGAGGCCAAGAGGGACGCGGCCCGGUGCCUGGACGUGGUGAUGGAGGAGGCGCGGUCCGUCUUGGAGGACGACCAGCGGAUCCUCUUCCAGGCCGGGCGGGUGCACUCCCUCCUCUCGGUGUACGACCCGCAGCUGGCAGAGCUGCUCCACGCACACGGCCUCGCCGCCUUCCCCGCCACGCGCCUGGGCGCGGCGCUGUGCACCAAGGGCGGGUUUUCGCUUGCCGACACCGCGCGCAUCUGGGAUGCCGUGCUGGCCGACCCCGAGCGUUUUCGCUUUUGCGACUACGUGAUAGUCGCUCUGCUGCUGCUAAGCAGGAACGACCUCCUUCGCCGCAGAAACAACCCGGGAGGAGUGGCCGAGGCUCUCCUCACCGCACCCAGCCGGGUGCGCGCAGAAGCGCUCCUGCGCACUGCCCACGCCGUCUGCGCCUUCGAACGCCGCUGCGGCGGCGCCGCGGGCGCGUGCCCGCCGUACGUCCAGUUCCCACCCAGGCCAGCGGGGCGGGCGGGCGCGGAGCGGCGCGCGAGGAGCGUGCCCCGCGGCGGCGCGCGGGGUGGUCUGUUCGGCGGCGCGCCGGACAAGGAGCCCUGCCCAGCGCCUUGCCCCGGCCCAGACGGCAGCGCUGCCGCCAGUGCCUGGGUAGAGACGCGGUCGAAGCUCGCCUCGUGGUGGGGCAACGUGCAGAGCAAGCUGCGCGGCGCGGGCGGCUGCGAGUUGCACGAGGGGCUGCGGGUCGGGGAGGAGUGCGUCCACGUGGCGGACGAGCGGGCGCUGGCAGAGGCGGGGCGGAUCUCGCCCGGCACGUUGAGGCGCGGCUCGCGGCCCCCUGCGCCGCCGGGCAGGCGGGCCGUGGAGGUCAGCAUAAUUUGAGGGCCCGUGAGCGCGGGCCGAAUUCGCAGGCACACUGUUAGGAGGCGGGCGGCCGCGCGCCACCUCCGGCUCCCUGCCAGGAGCGGUGGUGGUACCUAUGCACUCUGGCUGAGCCCCCUCCAGACCUACGGUAGCGGCCGGGCCUGCUGGCGGUGCGCCGCUGCCAGCUCCCAGCAUUUAGGCGUGGCGGUGCACGACGAAUCCACGAGCCCAGAGCGCGUUUGGGUCCGACUGCCGCGGCUCCUCCGCGGCGGUGGGUUGCCAACACCGCUCCUCCUGCGGGCGUCUCCCUCGCCUCGUCUCGGGCUCUCGCCUGUGCGCCCUCACUGACCCCUCCUCCC